CAAUCAAAUUUAUACAAGCUGAUAUUACUAAAAGUAUACUAAUAACUUCAUCAUCUAUAAAUAGAGUGGAUGCAUUUCCACAAAGAAUCACACAAACAAGAUUGAUUGAGCUUUUUGCAUUUCCACUUUCCAAUUAAGGUUAUCAUGGGCUUCAUGCUUCCGAGGUUCAUCGCCAUUAAAUCAACAAAUUAUCCUGAUAAAGGGCAUUUAUACUACUACGAAAAAGCAAGUACGGUAAAUGUUGGGGAGGAGAGUGUGUUCAGCACACUGGUGAAGAUUGAAGUGGAACAAGCAACAAGCAACACCAACUACGUUCACCUCCGCUUCAGUACUUCCAACAGGUAUUGGUCGAAGAGAGUGGGCGGCAACGGCAUCGUUGCUGAAUCGAAGCAGCCCGUGGAAGACAUAAAGAAUCCUUCAUGCACGCUGUUCCAACCGGUUCAGGCGGCGAAAGAUGUGUUUGACUUGAAUUACGUUCCGACUGGUGCUCGUGUGUUGGUAGAUCCCAAAUACUGGGGCAUUUUCGUCGACGGAGAUCCCUCAGAUUCGUACGGUAAUCUAAUUUAUGUGGAUUGGAGUACAUUGGUCAAACUGCCUGCCCACCUCACUUUCAAAGGUGACAAUAAGAGGUACCUUAGAGGAAUGGGGCAUGGUGGGCACAACUACUUGCAGUACUCAGCCAGUGAUAUUGAUGCGUCGUGCGGCCAUCGCGUGACGUUGAUGCCGGACGGACAUGUCCGGAUAACGUCGGAUCACUGGGAGGGCCAGUUCUGGAGGCGCAGUCCUAACUGGAUAUGGGCCGACUCGUGGAUGUCAUCCAUCAACAACCCCGACACUCACUUCUGGCCGGUGAAACUAGACAACGACAACACCAUUGCACUCCGAAACGCGGGCAACAACCAUUACUGCUCACGUCUCACCGCAGACGGGAAGACCGACAUGUUAAACGCGGCCGGGAGCGACAUCUACAACUCAGGAAAAAUGGUGGUGCAAGAGCUCGUGUCGGAAAGAAACGUCUACGACGUGAAAUAUCGGAUGGAGGACGCCAGGAUAUACGACGAGGCGCCUUACGAUGCAGGGUCAUCCCAGCUUGAUAACCCGAGCGACGAGGAGGCUGCUAUGGCUGUUUCGAUUACGUAUCAAGACGAGAAAUCUUAUACUUUUAGCCGCAGCUUCUCUUUAACUGCAGGGGUGGAGACCAAAUUCCAGACUGGCGUGCCCUUCAUCGUGGACGGAGAGAUCAAGGUCUCUUUCGAGAUAAACACCACUCUCGAGUGGGACACCACCACAACUACUACAACAUCAGUAACCGCUACCGGUUCCAUUCCAAUCCCUGCAAAGAGUAGUGCUGUCAUUGAGUAUGUCGGGACGAUGGGCACUUGCGAUGUUCCUUAUUCUUACACGCAGCAAGACAGGAGCUCCACCGAUGGCACCAUUUCUUAUACGGAGCAGGUUGAUGGUGUUUACAAAGGUGUCAGUUGUUACAACUUCCACUUUGUUACCAAAUCCAUCAAGGCCCUUGUCUGAAUCAUCAAUAACCGUCAUCAAGUUCAUUUCCGAGCUACUCAGCCGUCUCCUCAAAACAUCCAUUACCUUUGCCUCUUUAUUUUAUUUUAUUUUUAUUUUUUAUUAUUGUGUGUGUUUCUUUGGUAAGCUUCUUUCAGCUUUGGUUUCGCUUUGUUGUUGUUGUUGUGCUAAUAAUAUCCAGAUAUAUGUAUCUGAUGAUCCCCAAGUUAUAUGUGUACUCUAUGUAUCGUUCUGGUUGAUUUGAAUUUUGAAAUAAAAAUGGAUGUUUCAAUAUAA